CCUCCCACCCCGGAGUCAAGUUUACGGAACAGAGCUGCCAGGCCCGACGCGCUGUGGCAGCCGACUCCAUUCGCCUGACCCAGCCGGGCUUGCCUCUUGUCUAAGGCGCGCCAUGUUCGCGCGUGGGUCCCGGAGGCGCCGCUCCGGGCGUGCGCCUCCACAAGCAGAGGACCCUGCUCGAGGCCAGCCUUGCAAUUCCUGCAGGGAACAGUGCCCAGGCUUCCUGCUGCACGGCUGGAGAAAGAUCUGCCAGCACUGCAAAUGCCCACGGGAGGAGCAUGCAGUGCACACUGUGCCUGUGGACCUAGAACGCAUCAUGUGCCGACUCAUCUCGGACUUUCAGCGCCACUCCAUUUCUGAUGACGACUCAGGCUGUGCCUCAGAGGAGUAUGCCUGGGUACCCCCUGGCCUUAAGCCAGAGCAGGUUUACCAAUUUUUCAGUUGCCUUCCAGAGGACAAGGUCCCCUAUGUCAACAGUCCUGGGGAAAAAUACAGGAUAAAACAACUGCUGCACCAGCUGCCCCCUCAUGACAGUGAGGCACAGUACUGCACGGCCCUGGAAGAGGAGGAGAAGAAAGAGCUGCGGGCCUUCAGCCAACAGAGGAAACGGGAGAAUCUGGGACGGGGCACUGUUCGAAUCUUCCCAGUGACCAUUACUGGGGCCAUCUGCGAGGAGUGUGGAAAGCAGAUCGGAGGUGGAGACAUUGCAGUCUUCGCCAGUCGUGCAGGCCUCGGUGCCUGUUGGCACCCUCAGUGCUUCGUGUGUACCACAUGCCAGGAGCUGCUGGUUGACCUCAUCUACUUCUAUCACGCCGGCAAAGUCUACUGUGGGCGCCACCAUGCUGAAUGCCUGCGCCCUCGCUGCCAAGCCUGUGAUGAGAUCAUCUUCUCCCCUGAAUGUACGGAGGCCGAGGGCCGACACUGGCACAUGGGUCACUUCUGCUGUUUCGAGUGCGAAGCGUCCUUAGGAGGGCAGCGCUAUGUCAUGCGUCAGAGCCGCCCCCACUGCUGCGCCUGCUAUGAGGCCCGCCAUGCGGAGUACUGUGAUGGCUGUGGGGAACACAUCGGCCUGGACCAGGGCCAGAUGGCUUAUGAGGGCCAACACUGGCACGCUUCAGAUCGCUGCUUCUGCUGUAGCCGCUGCGGUCGAGCCCUGCUGGGCCGCCCUUUCUUGCCCCGCCGAGGCCUCAUCUUUUGCUCCCGAGCCUGCAGCCUCGGAUCGGAGACCACCGCUCCAGGGCCUGGCCGCCGCAGCUGGAGCGCCGGCACUGUCACCGCACCGCUCACAGCUUCCACGACUUCUUUCUCAACUGUAGAGGGCACAUCAGAGACAGCCAGCAAAGGCACCUGUACCAAGGCAGAGCCUGCUGCAGGCCCUGACGAGCCCUCCCGCUUUCUGAGAGGGGCCCCCCACCGCCACUCUAUGCCUGAGCUGGGGCUCCGAAGUGCUCCUGAGCCACCCACAGAAUCCUCUGGCCAUCCGGCCCUGGCCCCAGAUAACGCCUUUGGUCGCCAGAGUACUCCGCGUGUCAGCUUCCGAGACCCUCUGGUAUCUGAAGGAGGCCCCCGUCGGACCCUGAGUGCACCUCCAGCCCAGCGCCGCAGGCCACGAAGUCCCCCACCCGGGGCCCCCAGCUGCCACCGUCACCGCCGCUGCCGCCGGCGGAGAAGGCGCCGCCGUGGGAGCCACCAGCACCACCACCACCAUCCUAGCCGACAUGGCCACCACCGAUGUGACUUGGGAUCGGGUUCAGAUUCAGGGUCUUGUUCCAGCUCACCCUCUAGCCCCAGUUCUGAGUCCUCUGAGGAUGACGGCUUCUUCCUAGGGGAACGCAUCCCCCUGCCCCCUCACCUGUGCAGGCCCAGGACAGUCCAGGACCCUGCCGCUGAAACCCCAGCGCCACCAUGUGUCCAGACAUCUCACUCUGGGAUGCCUCGCCAGACCAGAGACAAGAACUGCACCGUGGCUUGAAGGAAGGCAGCCUUUGAAGGAACUCUACCCUUCUAAAGUCAGUGUGAAUGAAGACUGCCCAAAGUCAAGUCAG